AUGAAGUAUCCUACGCAAAUGUCAUGUAUGGAGGCCUUCGACCAACUAACAGAAUGCUAUAGUAUCGGAGGUUUGGUGCGCCACUACUACCGUUUUGGAGAGCUAAAUUCUUGUGCCAAGGAGAUGGAAAAGCUAAAGUUUUGUUUGAUGUAUGGAUCCGAUCCCAUUAAAGUACAGAAAUGGUACCGUGACGAGGUGGAAACUAAUAGGAGAACAAAGGGCACUUCGGAUGAUAUCUGGAAAGUGCGUUCCUGA